GAAACAGCUGUUCGACGGGGAGGAAGUCGACUCGAUUUGGCGCUAGUUUGGAUUCAGUCUACGGCAGAAGACGGAGGGACGCGGAGGCAGAGCGAGCCUCAAGACACGGGAAAACGCUGCGCUCCGAGCUGAGACGACCCUUCCGCUUUCCGUACCGGCCAAACCCAAAAUGCCCAGCACGCGCUCUCAGGGCCGGGCUCAGCCCACGCUGCAGUUCCCCCGACGCAAGUCCUGCAGAGUUUCCUCCCUGUCCAAGACGCCUCAGCCCCAAAAGUCUCCCGUCGCUUCACCGACCGGGCCCGAACCUCCCCGGAUCCGGAUCGGACCGCUCUCCCCGAGACGGCCCGCCGACCGGCCCGGCCCUCUGUCGCCCAGGUGCCCGCCGCCCUCCUCCCCCGGUCUCCAGCCACGGCUCCCCCUCAGCCCCCGAAAACGCACAGGUGACGACAACAGCUGUAACCUCGGCGCCGGCCCGCUGGGCUCGCCGCCCAAGCAGAGCAAGCCGGCUCUGGCCUCGCCCCGAAGACUGGGCUUCGACGAGAACUCGCCGGUCCCGCCCUCGCCGCGGCGCCGGGAAACACCCGCCGGGAGUCCGGCGCGUCUGAACUCUGAGAAGAAGCCGCCGGUCGUUCGCCUGUUUGCAGAAAAGUCCAGGUUUCAGAGCGUGAAGCGGGCGCUCCACACCGCCGUCCCCGAGCGGCUCCUGUCCAGGGAGCCCGAGCGGGCGUCCAUCCGGUCUUUCCUGGAGGAGAAGGUGCUGCGGCGUCUCCCCGGCAGCCUCUACAUCUCUGGGGCCCCGGGCACCGGCAAGACCGCCUGCCUCAACUGCGUCCUGCAGGAGAUGAAGGCCGAGCUGUCGUCGGUACGGACGGUGGUGGUGAACUGCAUGAGUCUGAGGAGCUCCCACGCCGUCUUCCCGCUGCUGGCCGACAAGCUGGGGGCGUCCGGCGGACAGGGCGGCCUGCAGAGGCUCCUCACGGCCCCGGGGCCCGCAGUGCUUCUCGUUCUGGAUGAGAUGGACCAGCUGGACAGUAAAGCCCAGGACGUCCUCUACACCAUCUUCGAGUGGCCAUACCUGCCCAAGUCCCGCCUCUGUCUCGUCGGUAUUGCCAACGCUCUGGAUCUGACAGACCGGAUCCUGCCCAGGCUGCAGGCUCGGCCUCACUGUCGCCCCCUGCUGUUAAACUUCCCUCCCUACAGCCGCCAGGAGCUCGCCGCCAUCGUGCAGGACAGACUCGCACAGGCGUCGGCUGACGGGAUCCUCGAGGCCUCGGCGGUUCAGUUCUGUGCCAGAAAAGUGUCGGCGGUGUCUGGAGACGCCAGGAAAGCUCUGGACAUCUGCAGGAGAGCAGUUGAGAUCGUGGAGUCUGACGAGAGAAAGAAAGCAGCCGAUCCAAAAGAGGAAACUAAAGCGUCCCGGGUCGGCCUCCCUCAGGUCGCGCGGGUGCUGUCGGAGGUGUACGGCGACCGGAUGGCGUCUCCCAGCGGCGGCUCGGAGGGAGAGAGUUUCCCCCUGCAGCAGAAGCUGCUCGUCUGCUGCCUCCUGCUGCUCAUUCGCAACGGAAAGAGCAAAGAGAUCGGCCUCGGAAAGCUGCACGAGGUCUACAGUCGUCUGUGCGCUCAGAGGCAGGUGUCGGGGGCCGGUCAGGGCGAGUGUUUGUCGCUCUGCAGCCUGCUGGAGAGUCGAGGAAUCUUCGCUCUGAAGAAAGCCAAAGAGGCUCGUCUCACCAAGGUGUUUCUGAAGAUCGAGGAGAAAGACGUCGAAAAUGCUCUGAAGGACCGGACGCUGCUGGGCAGCAUCCUGGCUGCAGGACUCCCCUCGUGAUCGCUCCAUAUUUAUGUUUUAGCUCUGAAUUUUUUUAUAUUUUCUUU